GAAAACAUCUUUUCGCACUUGUCGCUACGAUUACAAGUGCAACAAGUGUCAACAACUAUAUAAAUAUAUAAAAGCCUGCUUUUUACGAAUUUCUUUAAUACAAAAAUUAUGUCGCUAACAAGAAUAACAAAUGUCCUAAGACUGGCACCGCGAGUAGCUGCCAUGCAACCACACCGUAAUAACAGUAGCGCACAGGCUGCUAACGAGGUGUCCGAACAGUUCAAAACAUUGGCCAUUAGCACACCGAAACCUUUUGUCUUUCAUGUGGAGCUGAAUCGACCCAAAAAACUGAAUGCCAUGAACAGAGAUAUGUGGCUUGAGAUCAAAACCUGCUUUGAAACGCUAGCCAUCAAUCCAGAUUGUCGCGCCAUUGUACUCUCUGCUGCAGGCAAACAUUUCUGUGCCGGCAUUGAUUUGUCUUCCAUGAUGAGCAUGAGCCAGCAGCUGGCUGACUAUGAUGACGUAGCACGCAAGGGCGUUAUUCUUGAUCGUGCCAUAAAGUUGUAUCAGGAUUCGAUUAGUGCCGUGGAGCUGUGUCCUAAGCCUGUUAUUAUGGCCGUGCAUCAGGCUUGCAUUGGCGCUGGCGUUGAUUUAAUUACCGCUGCGGACAUACGAUACAGUACACAGGAUGCAUUUUUCCAGGUGAAGGAGGUAGAUAUUGGCAUGGCCGCCGAUGUUGGUACACUGCAACGGCUGCCAAAGGCAAUUGGCAGCCAAUCGUUGGCACGCGAGCUGUGCUUUACGGGUCGCCGAUUUGAAUCUGCUGAGGCUGAGCGUAGCGGCUUGAUCAGUCGCGUAUACCCAGACAAGAACUCCCUGCUAGAAGGCGCUAUAGCGCUGGCCGCGGACAUUGCCAGCAAAAGUCCUAUAGCCGUGCAGGCUACCAAGGAAAACAUGGUCUAUUCGUUAGAUCAUACCAAUCAAGAAGGACUCGACCACAUUCGCGUUAUUAACAAAUUAAAUUUACAAUCAGAGGACUUUGCACAAGCUGUAGCUGCCCAGCUUACAAAGGAUGAGAAGCCUGUAUUUGCCAAACUUUAAGCAGCGAACUCUCUUCAUACUUGAACAAUAAUAUAUAUUCUUUCUAUUACUA